UGCGGAGGCGACAAAGAGCCGUGGUUCGCACUGGACCCAGCCCACGCCCGCUCCCGCUCUCGCUCUCGUCCUCUUCAAAGUCGGAUCCCACUCCUUCUCUUCAUUCCAUCCCUCCUCCAUCGCCCAUCGACUCCACUGCCAGGCCUCAUCAGCUCAUCAGCUCAUCAGCAGACACCGAGAUCAACCUAUACCAGCUAUCGUAUAUCCAGCCCUGGCUCUUUUGUGGACCUGCAUUUUGAGCACUGCAUCCCGACCGUUUUUCUAUUUUCCCUUGAUACCAUUCUACAUUCGGCCACUCCUCCCCCUCCUCUCCUCCCCUCCUCCCUCCUUCAUAUCUGAUUGAUCACAGAUGCCGAACGUACAAUCAAAGUUCUCAACGUAUCGGAAGCUAGUCCCCACAAAGUAUGUGAACCGGAUCACACUGGAGCUGCAGCGGACAUUUCUCGUGGCCCUCUCGCUCCUGAAGGCCCAUCGUCGCAAGGCCAUCCUCUUGUCCUUGGGUCCGGCCACGAUCCUAAAGUUCAUCACGGUCAUUCUACCGAUCAUCAAGUUACUCCCCCCGACCAUCAAGGCCAUCAAAACCCUCAGCUACUUCACAUCUUCAUCAUCUUCGACAGCAACGAGAAACGGCGGCGGGAACAGCAGCAACGGUGCGAAUGCGUUGGCAAAUCGGGAGGCAAACGCGUCAGCAGCGGCGGCGGAGGGACUGGGGAUGAGCAUGGACGAGUUGAGCGAGAUCCUGUGGACGCCGGCAGAGGAUACGUACUGGGAGAGGGUGAAUGCGAUGAUGACACGGUUUGGACUGUGCAAGACCCUUGGGGUGAGUCUUGCAGGCGUACGGCCAGGACGCGUCGAGAUUAUCAUGCCCUUCAGGACCGAGGUUUCGGGUGAGGGAGGAGCCUUCCAUGCUAGCUUGCUGCCAACGUUAAUUGCGAUGACCAGCCAGUUAACAGGAAUGACACUCUUGCCCCGGCACUUUACUCUCAAACCGAUCGAUUUCAAAUGCAACAUCCUCUCCGAUUGUGAUGCUUCAACGUACUUGCUCGUCUCACGCGGAGCCGUCGUCGUGCGUGGGGAUCAUAGUAUUACGGUCAAGGUCGAGAUUAUGAAAGCCAGCGGUCUACUGCCCGGAUCGUCCGACAUUGUUACCUCGCCCUCAACCCCUUCAGCCUCGUACAGACCCGCCAUGUUUUCUUGGAAGAGCUGGGUCGGGGCAACAACAGCACCACCACCCCUGCCAUCACCGACUGCAACUGGCGGGAACGUCCUGGUGCCAGGCACGGGGAUCGAGCGCAGCAAAUUCGUCGUGUGUGCGUCGGGGAUGCAGACCAGCGUCGUGGUACGUGCGGGCACGGAUCAGGACAAUGAGGAGGAGUAUGAGAUUCAGCGGUUGAAGCGAGAACGGGAGGAGCGACUGAGGCGGUCGUCUUCGACUUCUUCAUCUUCAUCAUCGUCCUUGAUCGCGGAUACAGUCGAGGAUGCGAUUGUGCUUGGAGACAGCUUCCUGCCGCUUUCUUCACGACCGAUCUCUCCGACUGUGGUGACAACAUCGAAAUCACUGGAGCAUCACCACCAGCAACAUCAACAGCAGGAUGUUCUUACGCAGUCGACGGACAGCAGCUCGUUCGAGGCUGUGUUACCAUCAUCGUCAUUCGUGGUCGAGUCCAAGGAGCUUCACCAGUCUGUGCCUGUGCCGGGCUCAAAGACGACGACAGCCGCCAAGCCCAUGUCCUAUGCCUCUGCAGUUCGUCAUCAACCAGAGUCAGUGGUCCCUCAUCUGCAGCUCCAUCAAUACGAACAGACUAGCGACACAGAAGUAUGGCAACGAUAAAUGAAGCUCAUAGUUUUCAGUCCAAUCAUCGCAAUAAAAAAAUAAAAUAAAAACCAGC